UCUCUCAGCAGGUGACCAUCACAGCUCCUCUGCGCUCGUCGACUCGUAUCCUUGCUAAAGGUUCUCCUUCCUGGAUUACAGAGGCCCAAGCAAAAUUUACUCAUUUAAGCUUCGUCACGCUUCGUUCGUAAAAACUCGUUGAAUCGAGACGGCUACAACGAGUAGUACCAUUUCUGUACAACCCCCCACUGUCACCUUAGGAAGGUCGUAACUGCAGCGCGGACGCAUGAUGGACGAACUCGCUCAGGCCCGUACUGAGCUGGCGCAGUUGCAAUCCACCGAACGGGCGCUUGUCCAACAGCUCUUAGCUGUCCGGGUGGCUGUUGAGACUCAGAAAUGUAAAAUCAGCGAACUUGCUAAGGCACAACCCUCUCUGGUGGAUCGUCUUCCUAUCGAACUCGUCACGAGGAUAUUCAGUUUCGUGCUGAUGUGCAACAACGAGGACCCACGUCUUUUUUUGAAACUUUUGCGUAAACGAAGGAAGAUCUUGGCUAGGGUUUCACCGUUCUGGAGGGAGUUGGUCUGCAACACUCCCAGUUUCUGGAGCGAUGUCGGGUUGACACGUAGUUCCCGCCCUAAGUCGUUUCUGAGACGGCUGAAGAGGAGCCGUGAAUGUCCUCUCCACGUCACGAUCCUGAACGCGCCUGGCGGCAGUGAAAUGGACACAUUAUUGGACAUUCUUUUAGCCAGCACAAACCGUUGGCGUACCCUCCGUGUCCAAGGCAUUACGCAGAGCGUCUUGUCCGACCUUCUACACAAGUUCAGUCAGUUCGAAUUUCCCUGCCUCGAAGACGUUUCCAUAGACUUGCGUGGCUGCGACUAUCCACAAUUUCUUUCACCGGCACGCUCCCCUUCCCUUCGACAUCUGGACCUAUUACAGUUAAAUGGCACAGUGGACUUCUCGACAGCUACUACCACACUAACGACGCUCGGCCUGUCGAUUUCUGCAAUCCGCGAUCAGUUGUUCCUCACCGGUAUCGCUACCCAAUCGUUGACCACACUUACAUUCACCGACGUCACAUCGGACCGUGGUCAAGAUUGGUUCCUUGAACGGAAUAGUCUCCGCUUUCCACUUCUCCAGAGGCUUGUGCUGGACGCUAUUGAUCCCUAUAGGUUUAUGGACGCCGUUGUAGCUCCAAAGCUUGAAUAUAUUGAAUACAUUCACCACCCCGAUUCCGUCCCCGGUACAUUUGCACCAAAAUUUGGCCACGUCCGUCAUUUCACAUUCAAGUCAAGAAAUUCACUAUCUGGUGGGAUCCAUCUCAACGAGUCACAAGUACAAAUGCUCUGCCAGACUUUCUCUGGGGUACGCCAUGCAAGCUUGCCUGCCAGUCACAUUAACAACUUCUUCGCGGAUAUUUCGGCUUUUGAUGCCUCCGACCUACGCACACCAGUGGACAGCUGGGAAAACCUUGAACAACUGUCAUUGAUUUGCGACUGCCACGAUUGGGACUGGCAUAUCGACACUCUUGUUGAAUGGUUCACACCGCGCCAAAAAUUGGGUCGCCCGUCAUUGCAUGUGGAGGUUUCAGGUUCCCAGGAUGACUGGCAGAUGGCAAUAGAAGAUUUUUCCUACCUCUACAGCCAGUUGCGAGAUUGCUGUGUGUUGGAUUUCAAGGGCCUACGGUUGUCUCACACCUUGCGCCUGUCCACGGAUGGCGGUUUCUUACAUGUAAGGGUGGAUGACGAGAACAGCAUCGUUUUGAACAACUGGCGAGAAAUAUCCCUUGAAAAUCUGGAUCCUUUCUGGCUCGGACUCCUGAAUGAAAGGCAAUCUUUCUCCCAAACUGCCGAUGCAGGCGCGGUUGGAGAUCUCGUGGAAUUGUUGCUGAUAUUGGCACGUGCGUGUGAGUAGUUUAGUUGUUCAAUAUGAUACCCCAUUGGACCGCC